AUGCCCGAGGGCGGCGGCGGCGGCGAUGGCGCGGAGGUGCCUGCCCUCCCGGACGGCGAGCCGCCGCGAGAGGAGCAGCGGCCCCUGAAGCAGUCGCUGGGGAGCUCCCUGUGCCGCGAGUCCCACUGGAAGUGCCUGCUCCUCACGCUGCUCAUCCACGCGUGCGGCGGCGUGGUGGCCUGGUGCCGCCUGGCCACGGUGCCGCGGCUGGUCCCGGGGCCCGAGGCGGCCCUGGCGCGCGGGCCCGGCGCGCCGCCGCCCACCUACGCCGCCAGCCCCUGCUCGGACGGCUACCUGUACAUCCCGCUGGCCUUCGUGUCGCUGCUCUACCUCCUCUACCUGGCCGAGUGCUGGCACUGCCACGCGCGCGCCCGCCGGGCGCCGCGCACGGACGCGCGCACGGUGCUGGCGCUGGUGGGCCGGCUGCGGCGCGCGCCGCCCUGCGUGUGGUGGAAGGCCACCAGCUACCACUACGUGCGGCGCACGCGCCAGGUCACGCGCUACCGCAACGGCGACGCCUACACCACCACGCAGGUCUACCACGAGCGCGCCGACAGCCGCACGGCGCGCGCCGAGUUCGACUACUCGGCGCUCGGCGUGCGCGACGUGUCCAAGGAGCUGGUGGGCCUGGGCGCGCACGCCGCCACGCGCCUGCGCUUCUCCAAGCGCUUCAGCUUCGGCAGCGCCGAGGCCGAGGCGGCCUACCUGGCGCAGCGCGCGCGCUUCUUCGGCGCCCACGAGGGCCUGGACGACUACCUGGAGGCGCGCGAGGGCAUGCACCUCAAGGACGUGGACUUCCGCGACUGCCUGCUGGUCUUCGCCGACCCGCGCCGGCCGCCCUGGUUCGCGCGCGCCUGGGUCUUCUGGGUGGUGUCGGCCGCCACGCUGUCCUGGCCGCUGCGCGUGGCGGCGGCGUGCGGCACGGCGCACGUGCACUACCAGGUGGAGAAGCUGUUCGGCGCCGGCGAGCCCGGCCGGCCCAGCGCGCCGCCGCCGCUGUCGCGCGUGGCCACCGUGGACUUCACGGAGCUCGAGUGGCACAUCUGCUCCAACCGGCAGCUGGUGCCCAGCUACUCGGAGGCCGUGGGCAUGGGCGCGGGCGCGGGCGCCUACCUGCGCGGCUGCCAGCGCUGCCGCCGCUCCGUCAGCAGCAGCUCGCUGCCCCCCGCGCGGCCCGCCGGGCCCCGCCUGCCCUUCAGCCGCAGCCGCCUGUCGCUGGGGGCGGGCGGCCGCGCGGCGCCCGGCGUCUUCCGCAGCCUGAGCGGGGGGCCGCCCGGCCGCCGCGGGGAGGACACGGAGCCGCUGGAGAGCCCGCCGAGCUACGAGGACGCCCUGUACUUCCCGGUGCUCAUCGUCCACGGGGACGGCGGCUGCCCGGGGGACGGGCAGGGCGCGUUCUGA